GCUCACAUUCAAUGGAGCAGUAAAGUUUCAGAUCAGAAUUUAACAACUAUUUUAAGUUUUAUCCGAGUUUUAUCUUCGACAUUAGUAAAAAAAAAAAAAGCUGUUAGAAACUUAAUUGUUUCUUCAUUUGACGGUGAGCAGGACUGUCGAGAAGUGACGAAAAGAUGAAAUACAUUAUUGGAAUUGGCGGAGUCACUAAUGGUGGCAAAACCACCCUGACAAAUAAGUUGAUCAGGACGUUGCCCAACUGCUGUGUUGUGCACCAAGACGACUUUUUCAAGAAACCUGAUCAGAUAGAAGUCGGGGAGGACGGCUUUAAGCAAUGGGAUGUGAUCACAGCUAUGGAUAUGGAGGCCAUGACCAACACAGUAAAAGGCUGGAUCGAGAACCCAGUGAAGUUUGCCCGUUCCCAUGGCGUUACUCUGUCUUCUGCAUCCGACGUGGCAAACCCUGACGAGCAGAUCCACAUCCUGAUCGUGGAGGGCUUCCUGCUCUACAACUAUCCGCCCCUGCUGGAUGUUUUCGACAAGUGCUAUUACAUCACUAUUCCCUAUGACGAGUGCAAGAGAAGGAGAAGUACAAGACAGUACACUGUCCCCGACCCUCCCGGCCUGUUUGAUGGCCACGUGUGGCCGAUGUACCUGAAACACAGGAGUGCGAUGGAGGACUGCGGCUUGAAUAUUGAGUACCUGGAUGGGUUGAAGCCCAAAGAGGAGAUCUACAACCAGGUGUAUGAGGACAUUCAGAACAAUCUGCUCAAUCGUUUAUAGCAGGAAGACUCCUCUCCAUCCCUGUACAGAAAUUGUAAAUAGUCCCAAGGAUUUUUUUUAUUAUUAAUUUUUUUAUGAAGCUAAUUUUAUUCUUUGUAUAAGGAACAAAGCAAUGUUAACUUAUCUUUGUCUUUUUAUCAUCUUCAGAUGAUCAAUAUUUUUUAUUUUUUUUAUUUUUAAAAUCAUUGUUGAACAGAUCAUUAGUAUGUUGCUGUUAUGUUAAACCACUGACUUUUACUCGACAUUUUGUCGCAUUCUCCUAUAAGUGUGUGUGUCGGUGUGCGCUAUACAGUACAGCAAGAAUCUCUGUAUUUUUUUGGUCAUCAAAAAAAAUCUAAAUUUGCAUAUAAAUGUAUAGACACAGGCAUAAAGAGCUACAUGUUGCCUUUAUAAUUGUAAAUACUAAUGCAGUUGUGUGAACACUGGCCUUCUUGAACAGCCUUGCCUUUUAAUGCUUAUAACUUGAAUAUAUAACACUAUGUAAUACCUGUACCGUGGUACAGUUUCAUCUUGUUCCAGGUGUUGAUACUAGUGUCAUGAAUUCAACAAUUUUUAAAAA